ACACGCCCCAGUCCGCAUCUGCCAAUGGGAGCGUGGGUUCUCCGCGGAACAGCCAAUGGAGGGCGCGCUUGGCAGCGGUGGGCGGAGCAUGUGGGCCGGUCUCACCUGAGCGAGCCGCACGUGAGCGCGUCCUCCCGCCCACCGGCCGCUGCCAGGAGUCUCGCUCUGUUGCCCCGGCUUGAGUGCAGGGCGCGAUCUCGGCUCCCUCCACCCUUGACCUCCUGGGCUCAAUCCAUCCUACUGCUUCAGCCUCGGAAGUAGCUGCGAGCUAAUUUUUAAAUUUUUGUAGAGACGGGGUUCUCUCUCUGUUGCCCAGGCUGGUCCCGAAGUCCUGGGUUCAAGCCAUCCUACUGCGUCAGCCUCAUCUCACAGCUGAAUUGGAAAUGCUGCCGUGUAUGAGAACCUAGCCUGUUGUAUUCAAACGGCAUGAGCUGUUACUGAUGCAGAGAGCAGGGAUGAGUCCCAGGAAUAUUGUGGGAAUGGAAGGAGCCAGGCGCAGAGGCGAGCAGGCCGCAUGCACCCCUUUAUUUUACUGUAUACUUCGUCUCGAGUGUCAAUGUGGCGAGGGUAUAGUAUCCAGUUGUGUCAUCAAAUCUAAGCCACGCACAGCCACGGGGGUUCCGUAGACGUGGCACCCACAGAAAAGGAGGUUACCGUUGCUAAUGUGGGUGAGCCUCAUCCAAUCAGUCAGAGGCCUUCGGCACAAAUACUGAGGUUUCUUGGAGAACAGAUCCUGCCUCCAGGCUGCUGUCAGCCCUGGCCUGAGCUUCCUGCCUGCUGGCCUGCCCUGCCACCCUCCACUUUUGGACUUGUCGGCCUUCACAAUUGCGUAAGCGAGUUCCUGAAAGUAAAGCUCAUUCCAUACACUGUUUCUCUGGAGAAUCCUGAAGUUCUAAAGCAGGUGAAACUGCUCUACAGUAUUUAAAAAACCUCAUGGGGCACGAGGGCGGGGCACUGACUGGAAAGAGUGGGAGGAACUCCCUGGGGGGACAGACGUGUUCCCCGUCCCGUGGCAGCCGCGGUUACGUAGCACGCAUGGUUGUCAAGACUCAGAACUGGACACUGAAAGUGAACCCAUUUUAUUCUCUGUGAAUGAUACAAUAAAACGGAUUUUUUAAAAGUCUAAUUUACCAUAAAUUUUCUCCAAGCCUAUGAAGAACUUUAUAUCUUAAGUGUUUGAAAAAAAUCAUACUUGCCCCAAAUACCUUUAUUUUCAAAUUUUUUAAUUUAAUUUUUUUUUUGAGAUAAAGUCACACUCUGUCACCCAGGCUGGAGUGCAGGGGCACGAUCUCAGCUCACUGCAACCUCCACCUCCCAGGUUCAAGGGAUUCUCCUGCCUCAGCCUCCCGAGUAGCUGGGAUUACAGGUGUAUGCCGCCAUACCCGGCUAAUUUUUAUAUUUUUAGUAGAGAUGGGGGUUCACCAUGUUGGCUAGGCUUGUCUCGAACUCCUGACUUCAAAUGAUCCAUCUGCCUCAGCCUCCCAAAGUGCUGGGAUUACAGGCAUGAGCCACUGCACAGAUCUGAAAUAUUUUUGAUUGAUUUAGAUUUCAACUACUAAAUAGUAUUCAAAAUUACCAAAUAUGGAUUAUUUUCAAGUUUAGACUGAGUAGUCAUCUCAGUGUUAUCAUGGAUGUAGCCUAUGGGUAGGAUGUGCGGUCUUCCCAUGGAAAAUCAACCAUGUUGCGAAGCUUGCUGGAGUAGAAGGCACCCCGGCUGCCCGCCUGUGGGCUGGCUGGAGUAGAAGGCACCCCGGCUGCCCGCCUGUGGGCUGGCUGGAGUAGAAGGCACCCAGGCUGCCCGCCUGUGGGCUGGCUGGAGUAGAAGGCACCCCGGCUGCCCGCCUGUGGGCUGGCUGGAGUAGAAGGCACCCCGGCUGCCCGCCUGGGGGCUGGCUGGAGUAGAAGGCACCCCGGCUGCCCGCCUGUGGGCUGGCUGGAGUAGAAGGCACCCCGGCUGCCCGCCUGUGGGCUGGCUGGAGGAGCAGCAGCAGGAGGGCCUGCGUGGAGAGUGUGGAUAGAGGCGGGGGGCUGGUUUGUGUGUCUGACUUUUGACACAUGGCUGCCUCGUACUGCUGGAGCCAGCAAGGCAUUAGGCGUCUUUCCAUCAUUCUUCCUGUCGGAAAAGAUCCACUCCUCAUAUGUUUGUCAAAUGCUGAAGGAAGGGAAGAAAGAUGGGAAGAAAUGAAGGCACAGAGACAAGGAAGGAGGUAUGAAGAGAGGGGUGGCCAAAAGGCUGUGACGAGACCUGUGAAUUGAGAAGGAAAACCCCAUGUAACCCGCUUCCGUCUCCUGGGCCUUGCUUCUCUGGCCUGGGGCGUUUGUCUGUCCCCGUCUUCCUCUGCACUCCUUCCUCAUUUCAAAUAGAACAUCUCUACAUGCUGUACUGAAUGUGGCAGAGGAAACAUCAGGGUUACAGGACAAGAGAGAUGUGUGCCUGCGUGUGGCCAGCAGAACAGCAGCCCUCCAGAUGUCCACACCCCAAUCCCCAGAAGCAACCUGUGGCCAUGUCACAUUGCGUGGCAAAAGGGACUUUGCAGAUGGAUUCAAAGUUCCAGGAUUUGCCGAUUAUCAUCCUUGUGGGCCCAAUCUAAUUGAGCAUUUCAAAGCAGACACUUUCUCCAGCUGCAGUCAGAGCGAUGCAGCAGAAAGGAGAGUUAGAGCGUGUCAGAGCGCAAGAGGGACCUGGCCUGCAGGUGCUGGACGGGUGUGUGCAAGGCGUGAGCAGGAAUCUGGGCUGCCUCUGGGAGCCAAGUCUAGCCCCGCCUGAGAGCUGGCACCAAGAUGAGAACCCGAGCAAACAAGCAGCGUUCAGACAACUGCCUGGAAGAGUCUGGAAGGAGAUUCAUUCCAGGAGCCUGCAGAAAGGGGUGCGGCUCUGCUGGCACCUUGGUUUCAGGCUCCUGCGACCCUAAGCAGAAGACCAGCUAGGCAAACUGCCCAGAUUUCUGACCCAAGGAACUGUGAGAUAAUACAUAGGUGGUGGUGUAGCCAUUAAGACUGCGGGAACGUGUUACGGCAGCGAAAGAAAGCAGGUUCGUGUGUGUGCAGAAUUCCAUGCGCUUUCCUACCUCACCACUCCCCUGGCCGUUCCUGCUGUCUUCCAGCCUCAGUGUCUCGUUCAAUCCCUGGUUCACGUUGACAUGCUGACGCCGUAGCUGUGUGUGAGCAGUUGACUACUAAUUGCCCCUGCUUUUAUUCAGCAGGGGCCACCAUCUGAGCAGCCGGCAGGUGCAGGUAUGAAGUGGGGUCGACCUGUGCUCUUAGCGGCACCGUGGACACGCCCCACGUGUCCAGAACAGCACGGAGCACUUCACACGCACGUCAUCUAGUGCUCAUGAAGCUCUACGAGCUGAGUAUUGCCAUCCCGCUUUUUCAGAUGGUGAAACUGAGGCUUAGAGGGAUUAAAUCACUUGCUUACGGCUUUACAAUCACCGAGAAUUGAAGCCCAGUUUAAGAAGGAAAUAUGUUAACAAGGAGAUACAGCGAAGUGAACGGACUGUCCGUCAGCUCCUGCUCCACUGGGUACCCCCCGACCCAGCUUCUCCUCGGUGCCAUCCCUUCACUGCGUCAGCGCGGUCUGAAAAAGAUCUUGUGGCAGCUUCAACUGCUCUUUUACUUCCUUCUUGAUUGAGAUUUUCAUCUUCGGACCUGGUCCCGUUAGGGAUAGAGUUUUCACCGUUUACAAGCCCGUUUUCCGUGGCCUUUGCUUUGCUCAUGGCCUCUCUGGUGCUCAAGGCGUCCUGCACUCCAGCCUCCUCCCCGAGAUUUCUCAGGACCAGGGGAGCCUCCAGUGCCCCACGCUGCUCGCCAGCAGCCCAGGGUUACUCUCUUCAUGUUUGCGAAGCGGAGCCUUCUCCAUCUGCGGGAGGCAGUAUUCCCGGGUGACAGCUGCACUCUCCACCGCUUUUUCCAAAAUGUCUUUCUCACCUAAGUGCAAUCUGAUGGCCAGUUUUGCAUGACGAGAAGGAUCCUGGUUUUUCAAGACGGAUUUAUCUUCCUCAAUAGUUGUUUUAUAUGUUUUUAAAAGAAGCAAAUCUCUGUCUUCAAGAAAUGUCCAAAGUUUGACCUCAUUGUCCCAGCUAACAGGAAAUUCAGAGUUCCCCAAGGUGAAGACUCUGUCGAUAGAUUGUCUCCCAGCAAGUGCUCCUUCAAUUAUGCAGAAUACUCUGAGCAUGGGCGGCUCCUUAAAAUGCAUCACAAAAAGGCUGGAAGUGGGGAUGCUGGCUGGCGCCGAGACCUCAGCCUUCAGGUGUAGAGUCUGUCACUUUCACUCACUGAAAGCUUUGUUUUCACUCUGUCAUGUGAUUAUUGUCAAAGAAAAAAACCACUGUGGAUCACAAACUCUGCAUUUGAUCAAGUGCCAUAAAAAAUGUAAAUCUGCUCUCCAGCCUGAAAAUCCUGCAGAGCCGCAUACUCACACUGGUCAUCUUCCAGGUUGUAACCAGUAGUGAUCAGGCCAUUGGUGUGGCUACGCAUGUCCUAUAAAGGAAUCGGAGCCAGGGUCACCAGGGAACCGUCCUGGUCGUAACAGAAGAGACUGCCCACCUGCGGUCCUCGUAAGUGAAAGAAUCCUUCAAGGGCAGUCUGUUGGCAUGAGGAUGGGUCUGGAUGACGUCGUAGAAGCAGGCAUCCUGUCGCAUCCUGUCGGCAUCCUGUCGCAUCCAGUCGCAUCCUGUCGGCAUCCUGUCCACAUCCUGUGGCAUCCUGUCCGCAUCCUGUCGGCAUCCUGUGGCAUCCUGUCGGCAUCCUGUGGCAUCCUGUCGGCAUCCUGUCGCAUCCUGUCGGCAUCCUGUCGCAUCCUGUGGCAUCCUGUCGCAUCCUGUCCGCAUCCUGUCCGCAUCCUGUCAGCAUCCUGUGGCAUCCUGUCGGCAUCCUGUCCGCAUCCUGUCGCAUUCUGUCGUAUCCUGUCGGCAUCCUGUCGGCAUCCUGUCGCAUCUUGUCGGCAUCCUGUCGCAUCCUGUGGCAUCCUGUCCGCAUCCUGUCGGCAUCCUGUGGCAUCCUGUCGGCAUCCUGUCGCAUCCUGUCGGCAUCCUGUCGCAUCCUGUGGCAUCUUGUCGGCAUCCUGUGGCAUCCUGUCGGCAUCCUGUCGCAUUCUGUCGUAUCCUGUCGGCAUCCUGUCGCAUCCUGUCGGCAUCCUGUCGCAUCUUGUCGGCAUCUUGUCGCAUCCUGUCGGCAUCCUGUCGCAUCCUGUCCGCAUCCUGUCGGCAUCCUGUGGCAUCCUGUCGGCAUCCUGUCGCAUCCUGUUGGCAUCCUGUCGCAUCCUGUGGCAUCCUGUCGGCAUCCUGUGGCAUCCUGUCUGCAUCCUGUCGGCAUCCUGUCCGCAUCCUGUCGCAUUCUGUCGUAUCCUGUCGGCAUCUUGUCGCAUCCUGUCGCAUCCUGUGGCAUCCUGUCCGCAUCCUGUCAGCAUCCUGUUGCAUCCUGUCAGCAUCCUGUCGCAUCCUGUGGCAUCUUGUUGCAUCCUGUCCGCGUCCUGUUGCAUCCUGUCGGCAUCCUGUCGCAUCCUGUUGAGCGGUGUUUUUAUGCUGGCUGAAGACAUCACGUAUGACUUGUGUGGACUGAAGGUACCAAACUUCAUCUUCUUCAAAGUCGAGAGGACUGUCAUAUUCACUGGGGAGAGGUGGAAUGUAGGGUGGCCAGAAGGAGUUAGGGCUGGCUCACUCGCACAGCAGAUGAAAGGCCAGGGCGAUGUUUCCCAUGGCCCGAAGGAUUCAGUCUUGAGAAUGUAAAGGCCCCAACGCUGAAUUUUUAGCAGAUUCAACAGUCAUUAGUAAUUUUCGCGGAACCCGUAAGAACAGUUCUUCUGCCUUGAUAUCUCUUGUUGCUCUCAAACCAAAGCCCUCUUCUUUGAAGUCAGCCAUUUCAAAACCCUCGACAGAAGCCCCAUUUUCAGAGGCCCAUUUCAUUAGAUCAGGAAAGUAAUCUUCUCUUUUUCCAUCAAAAGUAACGGACAGACCUUUUUGCUUUUCCCGUGUUUUCUCAGCUGGAGUCUGGGUCUGCACAUACUCUUCCGCUCUCUUCCUGGGCCAGGCGCGGGACACAUACUCUUCCGCUCUCUUCCUGGGCCAGGCGCGGGACACAUACUCUUCCGCUCUCUUCCUGGGCCAGGCGCAGGGCUGCUGCGUUUCUGCACAGUUCACUGGGCAGCUUCAAGAUUUCCUUCGGUGACACAGUUGCUGUAGCACCGGUGCCGGAUUUCUGAGUUUUUACUUGACUCUUCUUACCCAUUUUUUGACUGCCCGCUUCCCCUAGCGCAGCGGGAACGACGCACUCCGGCCUGGACCCCGCCGUCCGCCUCAACCAACCCCCAGGCGGUGGCAGUGGCAGCCGUGGGCCGGACGGGAGGGGCGGGACGGCAGCCUGAGACGGCCCUGCCGAUGCUGCUCAAACCCCCGUUGAGAUGUUUUAAACCGAGACAGUACCCUAAUUGCUUUUAAUUUUUCAAUGAAUUAUUUUUAUUUUGUUUUAGAGACAGAGUUUUGCCCUGUCACCCAGGCUCAAGUGCAGUGCCACAAUCAUGGCUCCUUGCAGCCUUGAACUCCUGGCCUGAACUGAUCAUCCUGCCUCAGCCUCCCAAGUAGCUGGGACUACAGGCGCGUGCCACCACGUCUAGCUAAUUUUUGUAUUUUUAGCAGAGAUGGAGUUUCGCCGUGUUGACCAGGCUGAUCUUGAACUCUUGGCCUCAAGAGAUCUGCCUGCCUUGGUCUUCCAAAGUGCUGGGAUUACAGGCGUGAGCCACUGUGCCCAGCCUGUUGUUUCGAUUUUCAAUUACUCAAUGAUGUAUGAUGUUCAGUAUCUUCUCCUAUGUUUAUUUGCCAUGUAUAUCUUCAUUCAUGAGAUUCAGAUCUUUUGUCCAUUUUGAAAUUGGAUUGUUUGUGUUCUUAUGGUUACAUUUUAAGAGUUCUUUGUGGCCGGGCGCGGUGGCUCACGCCAGUAAUCCCAGCACUUUGGGAGGCCGAGGCGGGUGGAUCACGAGGUCAAGAGAUCAAGACCAUCCUGGUCAACAUGGUGAAACCUUAUCUCUACUAAAGAUACAAAAAAUUAGCUGGGCAUGGUGGCGCGUGCCUGUAAUCCAAGCUACUCAGGAGGCUGAGGCAGGAGAAUUGCCUGAACCCAGGAGGCGGAUGUUGCGGUGAGCCGAGAUCGCGCCAUUGCACUCCAGCCUGGGUGACAAGAGCGAAACUCCGUCUCAAAAAAGAGUUCUUUGUAUGUUUUGGAUGCAAUCUUUCAUAAGGUAUGUGUUUUGCAAGUUUUUCCCGAGGAUGUGACUUGUCUUUUCAUUCUUCUUUUGCGAGUCCGAGUCUUGCUCCGUCACCCAGGCUGGAGUGCAGUGGUAUAAUCGUGGCUCACUGCAACCUCUGCCUCCUGGGUUCAAGCAGUUUUCCCUGCCUCAGCGUCCUGAGUAGCUGGGAUUACAGGUGCGUGCCACCACACCCAGCUAAUUUGUUGUAUUUUUAGUAGAGAUGGUGUUUCACCACGUUAGUCAGGAUGGUCUCUGUCUCUUGACCUCGUGAUCUGCCUGCCUUGCCCUCCCAAAGAGCUGGGAUUACAGGCGUGAGCCACCGUGCCCGGCCUUCAUUCUCUUAACACUGUCUUUCAUAGAGCAGAAACAUUUAAUUUUAAUGAAGUACAACUUGUCAUAUUUUUCUCUUAUGGGGUAUGCUUUUGGUGUUAUAUCUAAAACUCAUCUCCAAACCAAAAGUCACGAAAAUACUCUUCUGUGUAACCUUGGGGGAGUUUUGUAGCUUUGCAUUUUAUGUGUAGGUCUGUGAUCUAUUUUACACUUAUCACAGCCAAAGGCCAAGGAGCAGUCAGGUCUGUGAUCCUAUUUAUUUAUUCAUUUUUUAAGACAGAGUCUUGCUCUGUUGCCCAGGCUGGAGAGUAGUGGCACAGUCUCUGCUCACUGCAACCUCUGCCUCCUGGGCUCAAGUGAUUCUUGUGUUACAUCCUCCCAAGCAGCUGGGAUUACAGGCGUGUGCCACCACACCUGGCUAAUUUUUCUCUUGUUAGUAGAAAUGGGUCUCACCAUGUUGCCCAGGCUGGGCUUAAAUUCCUGCCUUCAAGUGAUCUGCCCUCCUCAGCCUUCCAAAGUGCUGGGAUUAUAGGCCUGAGCCAUGGGGCCCAGACUGAGUUUUUUGUUUUUUAAGAAAUAACUCACAUGUGGGGUAACUUCAUUUCAAAAAUAAAAAUAUUAGCUUAAUGAUAUUCCAAAAUGCGGUUUUGUUCUCUAGAUUAUAAAAAUCAGGGCAGCUCUAAGGUAGUUCGGAGCCCGAGUGUCAGCAGAAGCCUAGAAUGGAAGGCACAUGUGUCUAGCAAUUUCCCUUCACUAGGAGCCUAUUUGAAUUUAAAUUACGCACAAUAAAUGUCAAGUCUUCCCCCAUU